UGACGGGACACAGGCUUCCUUUAAACUGUGAUAGCGAAACGGCAGUGAAACUAAGCUACGGAGAAACGCUGAUAUUAAAAGUCAGUGGUCUUUACUCCAAGGGAUUGCUUUCGCCAGUGCUUUUCUGCUUUCGUGAAAGUAUCAUUGUUCAGUCAGCACCCAACGUCAUGGGCAAAAAGUCUCGUGAAAGCGAAUCCUCUGAAGAGGAAGAGUAUGUUGUGGAGAAAGUACUGGACAGGAGAGUGGCGAAAGGCAGAGUUGAGUUCUUCUUGAAAUGGAAAGGGUAUUCAGAUAAGCACAACACAUGGGAGCCAGAGAAGAAUCUUGAUUGCCCUGAGCUUAUUUCAGAGUUUAUGAAGACUUAUAAGAAAACCAGCAGUGGAAGCUCCACACCUAGCAGCGGGGGCAGCAAAUCAAGUGCAGGCUCAUCAGGGCGCUCCAAAGACUCUGGUAGCUCCAAGAAGAAAAACUCUGAUGACGAUGAGGAGGGUGGUAGUAAACCCAAAAAGAAAAAAGAAGAGAAUAUCUUAGUUGCACGUGGCUUUGAGAGAGGGCUUGAACCAGAGAAAAUCAUUGGAGCCACAGAUUCAUGUGGAGACCUAAUGUUCCUCAUGAAAUGGAAAGACUCUGAUGAGGCAGAUCUUGUGCUUGCCAAGGAGGCCAAUCACAGGUGCCCACAGAUUGUCAUAGCCUUCUACGAGGAGCGUCUCACCUGGCAUGAAGACACUGACAAGAAAGAAAAAGAUGCUGUGAGUGUGUGAGUCUAUAUCGUCAUGAAGAAAACAGACCUCCACUGCAGGGACAACUGUUAAAUGGACAUUUUUCACACACAAACCUCCCAUUCUUCCUUUUAACCAUGUCCAACUGCGCACACAAAUGGAGGACAAAGCCCACUUCAUGAUUUUCUCUUUUCAUGCACCACAUAGAGGCAAGCAGCACAAGAGCCAAAACUGUUGAGGGUAAUCUGAAAAUCGUGAUGUGGUGGGCUUAGCUGGUGUGCUACUAGGGGACAGUUUAUCCUGUAUUUUGCUUUGUAUUUGUCCUUUUUUAAUGUAUUUCAAGUUUUAAUGUUGAUGGGAUAUGAUUGUAUUAGUAAGGUGUUUUGGUUUAUAAAUUCUUCACAGCUUGGUCUGCUCUUCACCAGAAGCCAGCAUGGGUAAUCACAGCAUUACCCAUGAGUGUGUACCAAACACACUUCAAAAUCCCCAUGCCAUAUUCGUGUAAUCUGGAAAUCUGACCUUCCUUGCUUUAAAAAAAAAAACACCUUUUGUGAACACACCAGAUAAAGUAAAACCUUAAAAAGUGCAUUUCUCGAGAAAGGUGUUGUAGACCCGUAUAGUGAGUGUUCCAUUAAAAAGAGACAUUGUCUCAUCUGCAUAAACUUUUUUUUUAACUUUAAAAAAAUAGGCCGCUCUAGCUGUAUUUUUAUAUUUUGUUCAGGUAACACUGUGUUUGAAUUUUACUCUUCAAAUGACACCUGUCAGUUUGAUCUCUGUAUGUAUUGUAAGGUAAGUUUUAUUCAUUAAAAAGUCUUAUUUUUAUUCUUGUCGCUUUUCUCAUUUUGUGGCUGUCUUGAGCGGAUGUUUCUCAAAUAUUGAAAUGUUUGUAAUUUUUUUGGUCCUUUAAUUUCAUUGAGCAAACUGUCAUCAGAAGACUGCAAAAUUAAGCCUUUUUGUUUACUUUUGCAUGCUAGUUUUGUUGCUGGAAUUAUUUUUUAACUACAUUAUGUUAACAUUGGACCAGUCACAUUUGUUAUGAGAGAUUAGACAAUCUUCACUUUAUUGAAUUUGCAGGGGCAAAUAAAACCAGCACCAAUUAUCAGUCAAUUCAGUCCGCCACCUUGUGGCUAAAACGUUAAAACUUUUGACAGGCUGAAAUGACAAAUCUACACAGCUACAGUAUGGACAGCUCUGCAGUUUAAAUUUUGUGAUAGUAGUUAGCCUUAUAACAGUUUUUUUUACGGUUUUAAAAGAUUUCCACACAGUUAUAUUAAACAUAUGUCAUUUUUGAUGUCAUGGUCAUGUUAAAUUUAAUAAAAGGGAGAUGAAACCAGUAAUCUGAUGGCCCUGAUCUGCAAUCAUUUUUUUAUUUUAUUGUGAAAAAUCCGUCUAUUCGGAUAAACUUUCGCGGAACCGGACAUACUGGUUCAUACUGAUGCACGAGGUGCGCUCUGCUUUGUUUCCGGUUCAGUCAGUCUCUUGUGUUGCAAAACAGCCACUUGGGGUCCUUAUUAAGAUGUAAAUACAGUCGAGUCUGGUUUUCUACUUAUUCGACGUUGAGAGUGAAGGCAGAGUAGCCCCUAUAGUAUCGCUGUUACAAAGGGGGGUCUUCGGCUGAGCAAUUGUAGAGUCUGUGUUGUCACUCAACCAGUGUAAAUAAUUUGUCUUGAGGUCAAAUAGAUUGUGCAUUUUGUGUAAUAAUUGUGCAUUUUGAGUUUAAAGGGUUUUGGAAAUGUUUUGUUUGCUUUAUUUUCAUGCCACUGCUUUAAAUUGUAAUGAGAAUAGAAAAGGUAAACCGUUGUGUUUCUUAUGUGAUUCUUUCGUGAUUUCCUUUUCCGUACAGUAUCAACUUUUAAUAAACUACU